AGACAGGAAGAAGUGGCACCUGGUCCGACUUGGCAAGACACUGAUGUGCUUGAAUCUGUAAACAAUGCCCUCGGUCCUCUUCAGGAGUUCACAGACGCCCUCUCAGGUGAGGACUACGUGAGCGUAUCCUACCUAAAGCCAGUGCUCCACCUGCUGAGAACAGCAACACUUGCUGUAACUGACCAAGACACAGAUCUCACAAAGGAGAUAAAGUCAAGAGCUCUCCACUACAUUGAAGAGAAAUACAGUGACCCAGCGACCCAGGAACUCCUGGACAUCGCAUCUUUCCUCGAGCCCAGAUUUAAGACCAACUACAUUAGUGAGGAGAAUGUCCAAUUCAUGAAAGACAGAGUGAAGAUGGAGCAGUUGGCACUAAAGGAGCAGAGGGCUUGUGUCACAACCCAUCCCAUGCCCCUCAGUGCAGAAGAAGAACCACCAUCCACCUCUACAAAGCGAAAGUGGUCACUGGGCAGCUUUUUCAAGGCGGUCCCUGCUUCCUCUACUAUGCAGUUGGAGGAUACCAUUAAAGCAGAACUGGACAACUACCUCAUAACUCCUACCAUUGGUGGAGAGCAAGAUCCACUGGCCUGGUGGAGAGUGCACAAUGUCAACUUCCCCUGGCUUAGCAAGUUGGCUCAUAAGUACCUUUGCAUACCAGCAACGCAUGAACCAUCAGAGAGACUGUUCAGUGCCAGUGGUAAUAUUGUCACAUGUCAGCAUGCAAGUCUGAAGCCAGCAAGGGUUGACAUGUUGGUUUUCCUGGCCAAAAAUCUCUAAAGAGAUGUAGCGAUGAAGGGGAAGAUUAAUUGUUUGUUUCAUCUUAUCCUGAAAUUGCUUAUUUGCACUUACCCUGACAUAUAUUUGUUCACUUUUUUACUUAUCUUUUGUUUACUGACUAUGUAAAAUAAUUUAACCAUUCUGGCAUCAUUUGUUGUGAGGAAAAUAUAGGAUAAUUUAAACUUUAAUACUAUUAUUGUAUUGUUGUUAUUUUUUACUACCUUUUAUGUUUCACUUCCUCUUGCCACUUUAUUUGAAGAAGCACAGGUUUCUAAGUACAGGGGUUGUAUUUCUGUAACUGCUGCUUAUGUUCAUAAGCUAGCUCCUUUGAGCCAUUUUGCACUACUUUUAAGGUAAGACUUCAUUUUUGCUCAACUUUGUUGUUAUAUUUUAUAUUUUUUAUGUAGCUUAUGCUAUUUUACAAAAAUGCAAUUUUUUUGAUGCUGCUGAGCCAUUAAUGCUUUUUGUUAAUAAAAAAUGUAAAAGAAGCUAAAGUUUACUUAAGAAAGAGGGCUCUCAUUUUAUUUGACUUUUUUGGAUAAUAUAAUUUGU